GACAGUUUUCGGAUGGUUUGGAUCUCAUCCGUUGCCAAGAUGCUCCAUAGACUUCUCCUGUGUUUUUCACUCACAGGUAUCGUUUUCACGCAGCCUGACAGCGAUGGAUUAUUUUACGCACUGAGAUCUGAACUGUCAGAGGAUGCAAUCUUGGUGGCAAAUAACGGAAUACGCGUGCCUUUCGGAAGAGCAGUCUUCAUCGAUCCCAUCAAUGAUUUGGUGAUUCAGACGCAGCCGGGAGACCGGUGCAGCAUCACCGUCUUGGAUAACGAUCCGCUCUCACAGAGACCGGGGCAUCUCUCUCCCAAAAAGUUUCCUUGUGAUUUCGGUCCCAAUGACGUGACAUACUCCCACUACGGCUCGAGGAGUCCGGCCAAAGACAGAGUGAGGCUGCAGCUCAGGUAUGACGCGCAAACAGAAACCGUUAUAAUCCCGUUUAUGAUGGAGGUUGAAGUAGUUUUUACUCAGCUUGAGUUACUCACCAAAAACAUGCCUCUCACUGUCGAUAAUCUCAAAGGGACCAGUAACCCUAUUGAUAAGAAGAUUGUAGAGUUUACCUAUGAUAGAGACUCACACAAAUGCGAGGUGUCCUCCCUGUCCAGUGGCAGCACGCUUCCAAGAUAUGGGAGACUCGUUGACGCGGGUAAACUUUCCAAGAUGAUGGACUGUGAUGAAUUCACACAAGCUGACAUCCGCUACGAGCACACGUUUGGGCUGAAGUCUCCAAACAGGGACUAUGUGCCCAUGGUUGUAGAGCUGCACGAUAAGGAAGGCAACCUAGUGAAACAGGAGUAUUUCCAUCUCAUGAUUCGUAUCAAAGAGGGAGAAGAAAACACUCCCCCCAAACCCAGCUUUGUGUCCAUGAUGAUGAUGGAGGUCAGUCAGUUUGUCAUGACAGCACUCACUCCUGAUAUGAUCGCUGCUGAUGAUGCCGAGUCAGACUCAGAUGAGCUCAUUUUCAACAUAACUUCUCCUCUGUCUUAUGAGGAGGGCUACAUUGUUAGCACAGAUGAUAGAAACCUCCCCAUCACAUCCUUUUACCAGAGAGACCUGCGUGAUUUGAAAAUAGCCUACAAGCCCCCCUCCCUGGACUCAGACACAGAGAGGAUUUUCCAGCUUGAGUUUGAAGUGGUGGACACAGACGGGGCUGUCUCAGACCCAUUUGCUUUUAUGAUAGUCGUGAAGCCGAUGAACACCUUGGCCCCAGUUGUGACACGUAACACGGGUCAGCUGCUGUACGAGGGACAAUCUCGGCCUCUCUUCAGUGCCGACAACUUGGAGAUCAGUGACGAAGACAACCUGGACUCCGUCACCAUCACAGUAGUGGAUGGGCUGCGCCAUGGGGACCUCAUGGUGCUUGGUUCUCAGAGGAAAUUAUUCACGCCAGCUGAUCUUAUAACCGGGGUUGUUGUGUACCAACAUGAUGGCAGUGACACAUACAGUGACAACAUUGUGUUUAAGAUGUCGGAUGGGAAAAAUGAAGUAGAAUUCCUGUUCCCCAUUACAAUUGUUCCCACUGAUGACGAGCCCCCGAUUAUAAACGCAAACACUGGCCUGGUGCUGUUCAAGAACCAGAUGAUGCCAAUAUCUCCACUCAUGCUUAGCGCUGCUGACAUCGACUCUGAGGACUCAACUAUUAAAUUCACCAUCGUCCCUCCCUUUUCUACCAUUGGCACAGUUCUCUUAAGGCAGUCUGAUGCCCCAGAAGACCCCUCCUCUUGGAAAUUCAAUGCUGAGGAUGAAGUGUAUGAGAAAGAAGUGACAGAGUGGCUACAGAAAGAUAUAACCGAUGACAAGCUGUUCUACAAGCACACAGGCCCCCACAACACAGACACCAUCAUGGAUCAGUUUGUGUUCACAGUUCAGGAUGACAAUGACCCCCCAAAUGAGUCAGGAGAGAGUGCUUUUAUUAUUCGGGUUUUACCCAUUGAUGACGUACCCCCCGAGCUUUUCCCAGGCACCACCCUGCAGAUGACUGUGCAGGAAUACAAGCUCACGCACUUUAGCAAAGAAGUUCUGCGCUACACUGAUCUGGACUCUGAAGACCGCGACCUUAAAUACACUGUAAUCCAGCCCCCUAUAGACACAGAUGAAAACAACCCUGUUGUUUUUGGUUCUCUGGUUCUGACAGACAGCCCUGACACUGAGGUCACAGAAUUCACACAAGCUCAAAUAAACCACCAUAAGAUCUCCUACGGUCCCCCAAAUGUGGAGCUUGGAAUUACUGCCCACGUCGUUCAAUUUCGUUACACUGUUGAAGACACGGCUGGUAACAGCGUCGAAGGGGCUUUUACUAUCUUCAUCCAGCCAGUCAACAACAAGCCCCCUCAGAUUACAAACACUGGCUUCACGGUGUCUGAACGAGGUAUGCACAUCAUCAGUAUAGCUGAGCUAGAAGCCACAGAUCUAGACACAGAAAAGGAAGGGAUUACAUUCACUUUAAGCCAGCUCCCUAUUCAUGGCCAAGUCCAGGUCGCUUUUACUGACCUAGAGAAAAAAGGUGUUUUUGGACUUGAGGAAAUCUCAGAGGGAAAGAUUUCAUACACACACAGUGGGGAGGAGACGGAGAGUGAUGAAUUCCAGCUGGAUGUAAGCGAUGGGAUUCACGUUGUAACAGUGACAGUAAAAGUUAAUGUAAAGCCUGUCGAUGAUGAAACGCCAACCAUCAGCCUGCCUGCUGGAACAAUCGGCUCUCUUAUGGAUGUGCUGGAAAACGGAGCCACAGAAAUCACUACUAAUGUCAUCCAAGGCCAUGAUGAUGACACAGAUGACCUCCAGCUGACCUUUAUUGUGGAAGAUCCCCCACGUAUGGGUGAAAUAUUGGUCAAAGGAGUGCCUGCCUCUAGGUUCACGCAGGCUGACAUUAUUAAUGGUGUUGUUAUUUACGCACAUACAGGUGGUGAGAUAGGUCUCGCCUCUCAGCUGGAUGGUUUCAAUUUGACCCUCACAGACAUGUCGGAUGAAUGGACGGUAGGUGGAAAUAAGGUCAACGGAGUGCACAUUCGAGUCACUAUCCUUCCUGUUGACAGCCAGGCCCCUGAGGUCGGAGUUGGGAUUCAAUUCAGUGUCAUUGAAGGGGAGAAAUACGCCAUCGGCCCUCAGCACUUGGACGCUGAUGAUAAUGACACUCCAACCGAUGACAUCCUUUGCACCAUCAUUGUCCAGCCGACUGCCGGCUAUGUGGAGAAUAUAUCACCGGCCCCGGGCUCAGAAAAGUCCAGGUCAGGAACAGCUAUCAGUGCCUUCACCAUCAGAGACAUCAGGGAGGGGAAUAUCUACUUUGUUCAGAGCAUCCACAAAGGGGUAGAGCCAGUGGAAGACAGGUUCACAUUUAGGUGCUCUGAUGGCAUCAAUUUCUCAGAGAACCUUUUUUUCCCGAUUGUAAUCAUCCCAUCAAAUGAUGAAAAGCCAGAAAUUUAUCUGAGAGAGAUAGUCGUGAUGGAGGGAAUGAAUAUCGUUAUCGAUACUCCUAUUCUGAACGGGGCGGAUGCAGAUAUUCCACCUGAAGAGCUGAUGUUCAUCAUUUCCAAACCUCCUAAACAUGGUGCCAUUUUGAACCAGCUACCCACAGGCUCAGUUGUGGUGACUAAUUUCACUUUAGAGCAGAUAAGGGAGGCAUCAAGUAUUAUUUAUGAGCAUGAUGACUCAGAGACAACAGAGGACAGCUUUGAUGUCACUUUGACUGACGGAAAGUACUCUGUGCAGCAAACAGCCAUGGUUUUGAUCAUCUCUGUUGACGACGAGACCCCCAGAAUGCUUAUCAACGACGGCCUGGAGGUGGAAAUUGGGGAGACCAAAGAGAUCAACAACGAAGUACUCAAAGCAACAGAUUUAGACUCUGAUGACAGUACGCUCACAUAUAUUAUCCGGUUUGGGCCAGGUCAAGGUCUCCUGCAGAGAAAAACACCCUUUGGGUCUCUUGAGAACAUCACGUUAGGUAUGAAUUUUACACAAGCUGAAAUUGAUGCAGGGCUUAUACUUUACUCGCACGACGGUCAGGAGGGCAUCCGAGACCUGGUCAAGUUUGAUGUCACUGAUGGAAUGAACCCACUGAUUGAUCGUUACUUCUACAUUACUAUAGGCAGUAUUGACAUGGUGUUCCCUGAUGUUGUCAGCAAAGGUGUGUCACUGAGAGAAGGUGGAAGAGUGACUUUGACCACCGAUCUUCUAAGCACAACUGACCUCAACAGCCCAGAUGAGAACUUAGUCUUCACUGUGACAAGGGCUCCUGUCAGAGGCCACUUGGAGUGCACAGAUACUCCUGGGAUGCCGAUUGUGUCUUUUACCCAACUCCAAUUGGCUGGCAGUAAGAUUUACUACAUCCACACAUCAGACGACGAGGUGAAAAUGGACAGCUUUGAAUUUGAAGUCACUGACGGCUACAAUCCUAUCUUCAGAACAUUCAGAGUCUCAAUCGUUGAUGUUGAUAACAAGAGACCUGUAGUCACUGUCAAUGGUUUAAUUGUUACAGAAGGGCAAAAUAAGUUGAUUACACCAUUUGAGCUCACUGCUGAGGAUCAGGACACAGUGGACAAACUGCUGAAAUUCACCAUCACCCAGCUUCCUGUUCAUGGUAAACUUUUUUACAACAAGUCCACUCCUGUCACCACCUUCACCAAACAAGACCUCAAUGAAAACCUCAUCAGCUACAAACACGAUGGAACCGAGUCACCAGAAGACUCCUUCUCAUUUACUGUCACUGAUGGCACACACACUGACUUUUAUAUUUUCCCGGACACUGUUUUCGAGACUCGGCGCCCUCAAACCAUGAGGAUCACCAUUGUGGCCAUCGACAAUGGUAUCCCCCAGAUUGUGGUGAAUAAGGGUGCCCACACUUUGAAGAUCCUAGCCACAGGUCACCUGGGGUUCCCCAUUAGCUCCAAAGGGCUGAGGGUCGAGGACAGAGACAGCAGACCGCCCUCCCUGAUGUUCCACAUCACCACCCAGCCCAAACAUGGCUACAUCGUCAAUCUGGGACAGGGAAACAACUCCAUCGACACAUUUAGUCAAGCCGAUAUUGAUGACCUGAACAUCUGCUACGUGUUACGGAAUGAAGAAAAUGCCACAACGGAUGUCUUCCAUUUCUCUGUGGAGGAUAACAGUGGAAACAAGCUGAAGGGACAGCAGUUCCGUCUGGACUGGGCCUGGAUCUCUCUGGAGAAGGAGUACUACGUUGUGGACGAGGAGGACAAGUUCCUGGAGGUGGUGCUGAAGCGGAGAGGCUACCUGGGAGAGACAUCCUUCAUAGGAAUUGGCACCCAGGAUGGCAGUGCAAAAAAGGAUGAGGAUUUCAAGGGCAAGUCCCAGAGGCAGGUCCAAUUCAACCCGGGGCAGACCACAGCCAUGUGGCGGGUUCGGAUCCUGACUGAUGGGAAAUAUGAGCAGGCUGAGACCUUCCAGAUUUUGCUGUCAGAGCCGGUGAUGGGUGUAAUGGAGUUUCCUGUCGCGGCAACAGUUGAGAUCCUGGAUCCUAAUGACGAGUCGACUGUGUUCUUCCCAGAGCAGAUGCACUCAGUGGAGGAGGAUGUUGGGGAGCUUUUCAUCCCGGUGCACCGCAGCGGAGACAUCAGCCAGGAGCUCAUGGUGGUCUGCUUCACACAGCAGGGUUCAGCCACUGGGACCAUUCCCACCACCGUCCUUUCAUACUCGGACUACAUCUCCCGUCCAGAGGAGCACGGCAGCAUCCUCCGCUUCGACAAGGGCGAGAGGGAGAAGCACUGCCGCGUGGUGGUCAUCGACGACUCUUUGUACGAGGACGAGGAGAGCUUCAACGUCACUCUGUCGCUGCCUGUCGGGGGCCGUCUCGGGAUGCACUACCCAACCACCAAAGUCAACAUCUUGGAGGACAUGGGCGACGUUCCUGUGUUUUACUUCGGAGAGGUGGAGUACCACGUGGAUGAGAGUGAUGGGUUUGUGGAGGUCAAAGUGUGGAGGACAGGAACGGAUCUGUCGAAGACCGGCACUGUCACCGUGCGCUCUCGCAAGGCCGAGCCCGUCUCUGCUGAAGCCGGCGUUGACUAUGUGGGCAUCAGCCGUAACCUGGACUUUGCCCCCGGUGUAAGCAUGCAGACGUUCAGGGUCACCAUCCUGGAUGAUCUGGGACAACCUGAGCUGGAGGGAAUAGAGAGCUUUGAGCUUGUCCUACGUAUGCCAGUGAACGGCAUUCUGGGAGAACCUGGGAAAGCUGCAGUCUUCAUCAAUGACUCAGUGUCUGACUUGCCGAAGGUCCAGUUCCGUGAGCCCGUGUACACCGGAGAGGAGAGCGACGGUCAGAUCACAGCGACGGUGUACCGCAGCGGAGACAUCAGACACAAAUCCACCGCUCGCUGCUACACCCGGCAGGGCUCUGCGGAGGUCGCCUCUGACUUUGAUGAGCGAUCCAACACGGAUGCGUCUAUCAUCACUUUCCUGCCAGGCGAGACAGAGAAGCCUUGUGUUCUGUCACUGGUUGAUGACACGCUGUACGAGGAAGGAGAGGAGCUGCGGUUGGUCUUAGGGAACCCGAAGAGCGACUCACAGUUUGGCGCGUCAGUGGGAGCUCUGAGUGAGACCCUGCUGAAAAUCAAGGACACGGCUGACAAACCCAUCAUCCGAUUUUUGGAAUCAAAGUUCAGUGUCAGUGAACCGAAAGAAGCCGGCACAGUAGCAACUGUGAUGGUCCCUGUGGUGCGAGUUGGAGACACAUCAAAGGUAUCCGUUGUUCGCGUUCACACCAAAGACGGGUCAGCUAUCUCAGGAGAGGACUACUACCCCGUGUCUCAAGACAUUGAGUUCAAACAGGGGGAUAAGGAACAUAUCGUGGAGGUGGAGGUGCUGUUUGAUGGCGUCAGAGAGAUGAGGGAAGCGUUUACUCUCCACCUGAAGCCGGAUGAAAACAUGGUGGCUGAAACUCAGGUAACUAAAGUGAUAGUGUACAUCGAGGAGACAAACAGCAUGGCUGACGUCACCUUCCCCUCGCUGCCACAUGUGCUGUCGCUGCUCCAUUACGACGACAUCGCCAGGACCUCAGACAACCUUCACCCACCACCCGCUGGAUACCCAGUCAUCUGUGUCACGGCGUGCAACACAAAAUACCCAGACUACGACAAGACGGGCUCGAUCUGUGUCAGCGAGCACAUCAACAACACUCUCACCCGCUACCGCUGGCUCAUCAGCGCCCCAGCUGGCGCCGAUGGCGUCACCAGUCCCAUGAGGGAGGUGGACUUUGACACCUUCUUCACAUCCUCCAAGAUGAUCACACUGGACUCGGUCUACUUCCACGCAGGCUCCAGGAUCCAGUGUGCAGCCAGGGCUGUUAAUUCAAAUGGGGAUGAGGGUUUAGAGCUAAACAGCCCCAUUGUCACAAUCAACAUGCAGGAAGGCAUGUGUCAACCACGUAAGAUGGGGACAGUCGGCGCCGAGCCUUUCUCCGCCAAGCUACGCUACACUGGAGCGGACGACCCAAAACACCCCAACCUCAUCAGAGUGACUGUCACCAUGCCACACAUAGAUGGCAUGCUUCCGGUAAUCUCCACUCGCCCCCUCAUGAACUUUGAUCUGACUCUUAGUCCCGACGGAACCCGGGUUGGAAACCACCGCUGCUCCAACUUGCUCGACUACAACGAGGUCAGCACAGGUCACGGCUUCAUCACUGCCUCGACGCGCAGCCCUGAGAGUAUGGGAGACACGGCGCCCUACCAGUUCAGCGACUCCCUGCGAGGGAACGGCACGCUGCGCUUUUACAGGAACCUGAACCUGGAGGCCUGUCUGUGGGAGUUCAGCAGCUAUUACGACAUGUCUGAGCUGCUCACAGACUGUGGAGGCACCAUAGGGACCGACGGACAGGUGCUGAACCUGGUCCAGUCCUAUGUGACCCUGCGCGUGCCUCUCUACGUGUCUUAUGUGUUUCACUCUCCUGUGGGAACCGGAGGCUGGCAGCACUUUGACCUGCAGUCAGAGCUGCGCCUCACUUUUGUGUACGACACGGCCAUUCUGUGGAAGGACGGCAUCGGGAGCCCCCCACAGGCCGAGCUUCAGGGUGCGCUGUAUCCAACCAGCAUGCGGAUUAACGAGCAGGGACGUCUGGUGGUGAACUUCCGCACCAAGGCUCGAUUCAGGGGUCUGUUUGUGCAUUCUCAUUCUGGAGGCAGAAUAAAAAGAGAAACCUCCAUGUCCUCCAUGGUGAUGAGUGUGGACCACCCGGGCCUGACUUUUAACAUCACCUUAGUGAGGAGUGAGCCCACAUACAACCAGCCAGUCCAGCAGUGGACCUUCACCUCUGAUUUUGCUGUAAGAGACUACUCUGGGACCUACACCGUGAAGCUGAUCCCCUGUACAACAGCCCAGAAUAUGGAAUACACUGUCCCACCUGUUUGCAGCCCCAGAGAUCCAAUCACAUUCGACCUGGACAUCAGAUUCCAACAGGUGAGCGACCCAGUUGCAGUGGAGUUCAGUCUGAACACUCAGAUGUUCCUGCUGUCCAAGAGGAGCUUGUGGCUCUCUGACGGCUCCAUGGGUUUCGGUCAGGAGACUGAUGAAGCCUUUUCUGAGGGUGAUACAAUCUACGGCCGUGUGAUGGUGGACCCUGUGCAGAACCUGGGGGACUCGUUCUUCUGUAGCAUUGAGAAGGUGUUCCUCUGCACCGGUGCGGAUGGAUACGUACCAAAGUACAACCCCACCAAGUUUGAGUUCGGCUGCUUGGCUGACUCUCCAUCACUGCUCUAUAGAUUCAAGAUUCUUGACAAGGCUCAGCCAGAGACUCAGGCGCGUGUGUUUGGUGAUGUUGGUUUUAAUGCUGUGCUGGCAGUGGAUGACCCUUCAGCCUUGUCCCUCGUCAGACAGCCGGGGUCUGAUGGCUUUAAGCUGGACUCUACAGCCAUGUUCCAGGUUGCUGCAGGCCGUGAGUGGUACAUCCACACCAUUUACACCGUCCGCUCCAAAGAGAAUGCUAACAGAGGCAUCGGAAAGCGCAGCCUGGAGUAUCACUCCUUUGUUUCAGCUGCCAACGAUCUUGCUCUGACCUCACCAAGCGGCAAAGGUCAUCGCUCCAGGAGGUCGGCCGGCGAUGAAGUCCCCGUGGUGGCUGAGGAUAUCGGAGCGGAUAACAACAGAGGCACCAAUAUCAUGCACAUCGCUUUGGACCGUACCAAGCGUGGGGGGUCCGACGAGCUGUUUUCCCGUGAGCUGGAACCGAGCGAGCUGAACGCAGAGGAGGGAGAGGAGGGUGUGGUGACCGUGGUGGGGGCACUGGUGGGGCUGCUGCUGACUGUCCUCAUCGUUGUCACCAUCGUGUUGGUGCUGAGGUCCAGACAGAAGGACGGGAAGGAGGGAUGGAGGGAGGGCGUGCAAGAGGUGGUGAAAGGGUCUGUCAGUACGGAGCCCAUGUUGGUGGUGAGGAUGCAAGACUGCCACAACAGCUCGGAGGUCUGACAAACAGAUGCAUGGAUGGACAGAUGAACACAUGGGUGAAGAGUAUGUGAGGGGAUUUUGUAAUUUUUUUUAUUUGUAUUUUCAAUUGUUAUUGAAUUACUGUCAUAACACCAAAAAUCUGAGACGGAUCAUAUUGGUUAUUGGGUGUGUGUAUGAUGUCUGUGGGGGGAUUUUUACAUUAUGUACCAUGACGACUGCAACGGCACCAUGGUGUCUUCACUUCACAUUCCUAUCUGUGCUGCUGGUAGCCCGGUAUUUUCUUUUCUCACAUGCUUCCUGGUGUUAAAGUGCCUGCAGCAGUUCCACCCUUCAGAACCGGUCCCAGUCACAGAGAGAUCUUUAACCAUAAAGCUAGUGUCGUGAAGGCCAACUCUGAGAUUAAGAGCUGCAGCUGUAGCGCUGAUAGAGGGCACUGCUCGAUUUCAUGUUCAUUCAGAAAGUAAAAGUUGACCUAAAAAAAGAACAACGACCCUCUCCCUAUGUCAGUCAAGACUUCUCUGAAGUUAAUCAAAGUAUACGUAGCCAAAACACCAUAUUUUAGACAAACUGCAAAAAUAAUGUUGAUUUAAUGUGCAAUAAAUUGAAGUCAACUUUUUAGGGGCUCAUUAAAUGUGUAAUUCAUGCAAAAGUCUAGCUGUUGACUAUAUUGCCACCUACUGUCGAUUCAUUGCUAUAUAAUCUCAUUGUUUUCAUUAAUAUUGGGGAUUCAAAGGUAAGACUUGUACGUCGUCUAAUUUGAGCGCUAUUCAGAAUGUUUGGCCACAAAACAUUUAGGAACAUGCUGCUUUUGGCAGAUGAAUAUUUAUUUUUUGGGUAAACUUUGCCUUUAGGGCUCAUUUUCUUCUUGACAUUUUAGCUGGAAUUAUACAUAUACAUAUUAAACAUUUUUGAUUACACAACAUAUACUCAAAAUAAUAAGAAACACAAGAUUCUACCACUUUUUUUUUUCUAAUCUGUAAGCAAAACUUCCCGAUCUUACACGUCAUUCUUGAAAGGGAUGGAUACCUCUGCAGUUACAUAUUGUGUUUCUGAGCCUGCAGCUCAUCUUUUAACUCCAGUCACUUUUUAUUUUCUUUAAACCAUAUGAUGAGGAAUGUUUCCAUGGAUGUAUUAAGCAUUUAUUUUGUUGCUGCGUUGGUUGAUUAAUCUAUUUUUUUGUGUUUUAUAAGCUCAUAUUUACUUUAUAAUGUGUUGACAGUUCAUAACUGCUUCUGUUACCACAAUAUUUAAAACUAUCCAUCUUUGCGGCAUUAUUGCUCCACUGUGUCUUUCUGUGAUGUAAUAAUAUUUAUACAACUUAUCAAUACUUUGGGCAUAAUUUUUCAUAUAUUUUUUAUUGACACUGGUUAAAGUUGGUAUGUUUAAAGACACUCAGGUGUGAUUUGCUUUACACAAAAUGGACUGUGUGUUGUAACACUAUUUACUACUGAAGAGAAUCUCUGCAGAGCCACUAUCCAUGUCUGUGUUACACUGCUAAUAAGUGUGGUGCUGUGAACAUGCAAAUGCUGUAUCCAUAUCUGAAGGUCUGACCCUUAAUCUUCUCACAUCAUGUUCCUGUGAGCUCUGUUGUCGCAAGUGCUGUGUGGGAUUUCAAUGUUCUGAGUCAUGUUUUUGUAACAAAGGAUGCAAAAAAAUAGCUGCUUACAAAUGAGUAUGUCACCAUGACAAGUGUUAUGUUUGAGCCAUUUAACAUUUACCUGCUGUCUCAUUUUUUUUUUGUUUUGCUAUCACUGGUGAAAUUUCCUUGUUUACAUGUGUUGUUAAACCUUUGUCCUACUCUGUGAUGGUAAACAACAUGCUGAUGUCAGUGUUCCUGAAUAUUUGUCUUAUUAUGGUGUCAUCAGUCAUCACUGUAUAAUUAUUUCCAGUGUUUAUCAGGGCUAGCUAAUAUGAUGAUGAACCAGAAACCAACUGAGGUGUAACUCAGCAAGGGAUGCGAUGAUGAUACAUUCAAUAGUCUGCUAAAAACCAGCUGAUUUUUUUUUUCUUUUUGAGCGUGAGCCCUGAUAGUUUGGAAAUAACAACAUGUCUGACAUGAAAUGCACUUUUCUAAUCACAUCCCUCACAUGCCAAUCCAAGCUAUGCAAUGUAAUGUAUAUCCCACAGCCAGUUUACCCCGUGUAUAUGACAAUUUUAGCACAAACAAUCAAACUUGAUAUUCAGUUUGUGUCUUUUUAUGAAUGGGUUUUUAUGUAUAUGUAUUUAAGAAUAAAUA